AUGGGCACCAACGCCAACCGCGACGGGGGCAGGGCACCCCACCCAUACGCCGACCCGGCAAUUGUUGGUCCCCUUCACCGGGCCCCAACUGUGCCCACCUCCCCCCUCCGCCCCAACCGCGACGGUGGCAGGGCACCCCACCCGUUCGCCGACCCGGCGAUCGUUGGUCCCGUUCCCCGGGCCCCAACCGCGCCCAACUUCCCCCCUCUUCCGGCUCCGCGGGUUGCUCGCAGCAAUGCCAUUCGUCGGGCUGCUCGUCCACCACCCGGCCCAGAUGUUGAGCUCAAGGACAUCGAGAUCAAUGGUGACUGGGUCAACAAGGCUCUCGGCCUUACCCCCACCCACCGCACCUACCCUCGUGCUCGAACCACUACUCUCACUCAACCUCCUCCCCCCCUUCGGCGCGCCCCUCCAAACAGCUCCACUCUCCCUCCCCACCCAGCUCCUCGUGCCUCUCGUCCUCCCCUCUCACUUUCAUCCCGUCGCCGCGGCCUCCCUCUCCCUCCUUCCCCUCGCCCCCCCCUCUCACUGUCAUCUCGUCGCCGACAUGGAAUGACGAUCUUGAUCCCGCAAGAUCUUCCUCAAGAGCUUCGGGACAUUCAACUCAGUGCAGCCAUGACCCGAGAUGAUGACUCGACUUGA